UAUCUACAAAACGAUAAAAACAACAAUAAUUAAAUGGAACAAAUGGAUGUAGAUUUGGAUGUGAAGCCUGGGUCGUCUACGGACAUCAUUAAUACCAGUGAUGGCGUAUCAAAAUCUAAAAUGAAUGCAGCCGCCGGGAUCAUUGGACCAAAUGUAAUGGCCGAUGCAAGCACAGUGCCAUCGGUCACAAUUUCAUUACAUCCAUUGGUUAUUAUGAAUAUAUCGGAACACUGGACACGUAUACGAGCUCAAGCGGGUGAGACAUGCCAGGUGUAUGGAGCAUUGAUUGGCAAACAAAAAGGCCGCAAUAUAGAAGUGAUGAAUUCAUUCGAAUUGAAAACCGAUAUAGUUGGUGAUGAUGUAUUUAUCAAUCAGGAUUAUUAUAUGACCAAAGAGCUCCAGUAUAAACAGGUUUUCAGUGAAUUGGACUUCAUUGGUUGGUAUACCACUGGCGAGACACCCACCGGCAAAGAUUUGGCCAUACACAAACAAAUAUCCGACAUCAACGAAUGCCCCAUAAUGUUGCAAUUGAAUCCCUUGUCACGCAAUGUAGAUCAACUUCCGCUGAAGCUUUAUGAAUCUGUUAUUGACAUUGUAGGCAGUGAGGCCACCAUGCUUUUUGUGCCCCUCACCUAUACCCUGGCCACAGAGGAAGCUGAGCGCAUUGGUGUUGAUCAUGUUGCUCGCAUGUCUACUAAUGAUACCGGAGAAAAAUCGUAUGUGGCCGAACAUUUAGUGGCACAGGAGAGUGCCAUUAAAAUGUUAAAUACUCGUAUUAAGAUUGUCUUGAAAUACAUCAAAGAUGUGGAGGCUGGUAAAUUGGCAGCCAAUCAAGAAAUUUUACGUGAAAUUUAUGCAUUGAGUCAUCGCCUACCCGUAAUGCAAGGUGGUGCCUUCCAGGAGGAGUUCUAUACUCAAUGUAAUGAUGUUGGUCUGAUAAGUUAUUUGGGUUCGAUGACAAAGGGUUGCAAUGAUAUGAAUCAUUUUGUUAAUAAAUUUAAUGUGCUCUAUGAUCGCCAAGGUUCUGGUAGGCGCAUGAGGGGACUUUAUUUUUAGAAACCAUACAAAUAAAAUCUGGUCUUUUAUUGUAAAUGGGAUAAAUAUAAUGUCUACACAAAUGCAAAAAUUUAUUUAAUAAAUACAAGCUUUUAGUUUCCAA